AUGAAUCCUCCAAUCUGGCAGGAGGCGCGCAAUGCGGAGGGUCGCGCAUAUUACUACAAUGUGCAGACUAAAGCCACUCAAUGGCAAAAGCCAGCUGAGCUGAUGACUCCCGUCGAGCGUGCUCUGGCGAAUCAACCAUGGAAGGAGUAUGCCGCGGAGGGAGGUCGCAAGUAUUGGUCCAAUACGGAGACCAAGCAAAGCACCUGGGAAAUGCCCGAUGUCUACAAGGACGCGCUGGAACAGGCCCAGGCCGCUCCAGCCCCCCCCAGCUGCGUAUGGGGAGGUAGCUCCUACCCGCAAGCUCCGCACCGGGAGCGCGAGCGCGAACGUGACCGUGACUACCGUGAUCGUGACCGUGAUCGAGACCACCGUGACCGCGAUCGCGACGAUUACGACCGAGGAUAUAAUGACCGCCGUGGAGGAUAUGGGUCUUACGAGUCGAACGGGAUGGUAGCUGCACCGGCAUUGGUAACUCAGUCCGAGCCCGACUAUGGUUCCGUCGAAGAGGCCGAGAGCGCUUUUAUGAAAAUGCUCAAACGACACAAUGUGCAGCCCGAUUGGACCUGGGAGCAGACCAUGCGUGUGGUGAUCAAAGAUCCGCAAUACCGCUCGCUCAAGGAUCCCCGUGACCGCAAGGCCGCCUUUGAGAAAUACGCGGUCGAGGUUCGCAUGCAGGAGAAGGACAGGGCGAAAGAGAGAUUCGCUAAGCUGCGCGCAGAUUUCAAUACCAUGCUGAAGCGGCAUCCUGAAAUCAAGCACUACAGUCGUUGGAAGACCAUUCGUCCCAUUAUCGAAGGAGAGACUACGUUCCGGGCCACCAAUGAAGAGAACGAAAGACGCCAGCUCUUUGAGGAGUAUGUUGUCGAACUCAAGAAGACUCACAUGGAGCAGGAAGCCACGGCACGCAAGGAAGCCAUGAGUGAGUUGGCCGGUAUUCUUGGAUCUUUGAACCUUGAGCCAUACACUCGCUGGGCUGAAGCCCAAGCUGUCAUCGAGUCCAACGAAAAGGUUCAGGCCGAUGAUAAGUUCAAGACCCUCAGCAAGUAUGACAUUUUGACUGCGUUUGAAAACCACAUCAAGACCCUCGAGCGAGAAUUCAAUGAUGCGCGUCAACAGCAGAAAGCGAUCCGCGCCAGAAAGGAACGUCGGAACCGAGAGAAGUACUUGGAGCUUCUGAAGGAGGUUCGAUCUCAGGGCAAGAUCAAGGCUGGUAGUAAGUGGAUGGAUAUCCGCCCUCUUUUCCAAGAUGAUGCUAGAUACCAGGGCAUUCUUGGCCAAGCUGGAUCGACCCCCCUGGACCUUUUCUGGGAUAUGCUCGAGGAGGAGGAACGCUCGCUCCGGGGCCCCCGCAACGAUGUUCUCGAUGUCCUUGACGACAAACGCUUUGAAGUUACUUCCAGUACCCCGUAUGAGGACUUCAGUGCAAUUAUGACUGCUGACCGCCGCACUUCGAAGAUUGAUGCGGAUAUUCUGCAGCUCAUUUUCCAGCGUAUCCAGGAGAAAGCAAUUCGCCGCGACGAGGAUGAAAAGCACGCUGCCGAUCGUCAUCAGCGCCGGGCUGUCGAUGCCCUGCGUUCUCGCAUAAAGCGCCUCGAACCUCCUGUGCGUGUCUCCGAUACCUGGGAAGAGACCAAGCCUCGCCUCGAGAAGUAUGAAGAAUACAAAGCUCUCGAAUCAGACGAGCUUCGAGAGUCCGCAUUUGAGAAGUAUAUCCGCCGUCUUAAGGAGAGAGACGAAGAUACCGACCGAGACCGCGAAAUGAGAGAUAGAGAUCGCUCCCGCCGUGACGGUGACCGUGGUGACCGCGAUUAUCGCAGCGGCCGCGGCGAGCGACGCGGGGGAAGCCGUGCUAGUCGCACCCCUGAAUUGGACGUCUACGAAGCAGAACGCCGCAAGGCCCAGGCAGACCGGGAACGUUCUUACCGCAAGGUCAGUGGAUUCUCUCCAUCCCGAGAUCGCCGUGAUGAUCGCGAGCGCGGUGAUCGCUACCGUGACCGUGAUGAUGACCGUGAGCGCGAUCGUGAGUUUGGCCGUCCCCCUCGACGCGAUGGUGAUCGUCGUGAAAGCGAGCGUGAACGUCUCUACCGCACUCGCGGUGACCCACGCGGCGGACGUGAUGAGCUUGACUACGGUGGUGGUGAAAGCCGCAGCACGGGUAGUGUCCGGCGUAGACGGGAGAGUGAUUCGGAGAGUGUUGCCAGUCGCUCCGUGAAGCGUUAUCGUCGUGAUAGUCGUGAGAGGGAUCGUAGUAAGGGUCGGACGGAGCGACGUGAGCAAUCUGCCAUUCCUGAGGAAGAUAUCAAGAAGGAAAAGGCUGUUCAUUCUGGCAGCGAGGAAGGGGAGAUCGAGGAGGAUUAG